AUGGUAUCUUGCAUCUAUAUUCCUCCGAAAGCCGAAGGCCGUAGUCGGCUUGUCGUAGUAGAUGUGGAAAAUAAAGAACUUCUGACUUGUUUUCGUCUCGAGUCAUCCCACAAGCUAUUCGUACGUAAUAGCCAGCACUAUCUCUACUAUGGAACUCAUUCUACGACGGGCGAUGAUGGCUUUAAAAGAUGGGCUUUGAAACAGUUCAAUAUUCGAGACAGGCAAUGGGGGACUGGUCGCUUAGAUCUUGAACAUCUGGUUGGCUCCGAUAUGGGGGCUACCGUCUGUUUUGAAAUAAUCGACGAUUACUUUUACGCUCUGUCUAGUCUGACAAGCUUCGAGGUUUAUGAGACUGACUGGACUUCACACUACUAUGGCUUCCGUCUUCCGCUCGGGAGCUUACAUUCACGAGACAUGCAGACGACGUCGAAGCACAGUAUGUGGCGUCGUCAACAUGAAGAGGGUCCCAUCGACGACAGAUGGAGCACACUAAAUCUCGAAAAGAAUGCUGCAAAUGGAAGGCUUAUGGUUGUGGAAUGCCGACGAGAAUGGCUUGUCGACGAUUCCUCGAGUACGCGAAGUAGUUACCGAACGGAACUCAAAUUUCCCAUUAAAGACGAAGUUGUUGACGACACUUCGGACUUUGAGAGUGAGUUGGAUGAUAUGGAGCCCUCGUUAGACCCUGAUUGCCUAGCGACCAGGCUAUCUCCAACGAAGCACCGACGCGAUCCACUACAGGUCCAUAGAGGUGACAGCGGUUCAACCGUCCCAGCAAUCACUCUUACCCACUGCUUUAUGCGUUCUUAUCAACAGUCUUGCGAAACAUUCAUUGACCUGGUCAAUGAUCCUGCAGCUACAGAUUUGAUGACUCAGAGGCCACAGCUCCGGUCAAUAUCCCGACCUCGCCUAGGCAGGCUUUCCCAGGAGAACUGUCAGUCUCGCCGUGCUAACAAUGUCUCUUGGUGGCUACCAGAUGAAAACCUACGAAAUGAGCACCUGGACUUCCUAGAUCGUAUCGUUAACCCUAUGAGCAAGCACCCUGGUUGUGGUUUCUCGGGGAUAAUGGACGAUCGCUCUAUGGUCUACGCUGUUAAGCGCCAAGACAGAAAAGCCCUCGUCUUCAUCUCAUUCGAUCCUGCUAUCAGACUUGAGGGACUCAUUUCCUGGCCUGGCGGGCCAACAGCACCCUUCAGUCAACCAGAACACCUCUCUGGUGGACCGAAAGAGAUGGCAUCUUGUCCUUCUAUGCAUUACACAAUAGAGGGUCCGGCGUGGGGAAGAAAAAUCCAAGGAAAGUACCUCGAAACCCUCCUUACUUUGGAAAAUCCUAUUGGUUUUAAUUUUGCACAUUGA